CUUUACUGUCCCACCCACACGAACAGAAAAUGGGCAUUAUGGGAUAAGGGCGGAAUAUAUCUGGGAGGUUCCGGAUCCCUGGACUGGCCUGGGAUAGACUGCAGCAGUGAGAAAAAUCUAAUCUAAAGUAAUUUAUUUACGUAUACAUUCCCAGAGGUUCAGGGGACAUGUCUCAGUCUGGAGAGAAAGGGAAGUUUCCUGAGGCAGCAGGAUAUGUGGGCUUCGCUAACCUGCCCAACCAGGUGCACAGGAAGUCUGUGAAGAAAGGCUUUGAGUUCACGCUGAUGGUUGUGGGGGAGUCCGGUUUGGGGAAGUCUACUCUGAUCAACAGCCUGUUUCUGACGGACCUUUACCCUGAGCGCUAUAUCCCCAUCGCUGCAGAGAAAAUUGAACGGACCGUCCAGAUUGAGGCGUCUACUGUGGAAAUUGAGGAACGGGGGGUGAAACUACGCCUCACAGUGGUGGACACGCCUGGUUAUGGUGAUGCUAUUAACAGCCAAGACUGCUUUAAGACCAUCAUCCAGUACAUUGAUAACCAGUUUGAGCGCUACCUGCACGACGAGAGCGGGCUCAACCGCCGGCACAUCGUGGACAACCGCGUUCACUGCUGCUUCUACUUCAUCUCACCCUUCGGACACGGGCUGAAACCCCUAGAUGUCGAGUUCAUGAAGGCCAUUCACAGCAAGGUGAACAUUGUCCCCGUCAUCGCAAAGGCUGACACCCUGACGCUGAGAGAGCGGGAUCGUCUGAAGAGGAGGAUCCUGGACGAGAUUGCAGAGCACGGAAUUCGCAUAUACCAGCUUCCAGAUGCAGAUUCAGAUGAGGAUGAGGAGUUCAAGGAGCAGACACGUGUUCUGAAGGCCAGCAUUCCCUUUGCCGUGAUCGGCUCCAACCAGCUGAUCGAGGUGAAAGGGAAGAAGAUCCGGGGACGCCUGUACCCUUGGGGGGUGGUGGAGGUGGAAAACCCCGAGCACAAUGACUUCCUCAAGCUGCGCACCAUGCUUGUGACUCAUAUGCAGGAUCUGCAGGAAGUCACCCAGGACCUGCAUUACGAGAACUUCCGCUCAGAGCGUCUAAAACGAGCAGGAAGGGCAGUGGAGGAAGAUGUGGUGGACAAGGACCAGAUCCUGAUGCAGAAGGAGGCAGAGCUACGCCGGAUGCAGGAGAUGAUCACUCAGAUGCAGGCGCAGAUGCGGAUGAAGCCUGCUGAUGAGUGAGAUUGGGCUGGCUGUCCCGGGACGGGGUCCUUCUGCACGCCCCGUACAGAGCCUUCAUCAUCCAUUCAUCCCCCGACCCCUCGUGAUUGACAAGCAUUCAGACCAAUAGCAUCGGUUCGCUGCCACUCCCCUGAGCCCAAGUGCCUGCCCACACAGUCUACACCAUGCUGUGGAAUACUCUAACCCCCUCCCUGAAUUCCUGUCCCCUGCUCUGACCCCCUCCCUGAAUUCCUGUCCCCUGCUCUGACACCCUCCCUGAAUUCCUGUCCCCUACUCUGACCCCCUCCCUGAAUUCUUGUCCCCGGGGCUCCCUGGUCAUUCUACAAAAGCAGCCUGUGAUUUAGUCCUGAAACAGGAUGAUCUGUUUACUUACAACCCCGCAGUAACUGAGUUUGAUGAUUUCAGGGGUGUCCUAAAUAGAUCACCCAGACUGUAGAUUUUAUUUUAAAAAACCAAAAAGGCUGAGUUCUCAAUCUUGGUCCUGCCCCCACCCCUGUCCCAUGUGUGCUGGUUAGUGUUUCUUCAUCAAAUUAGGUUGUUGAAAACUCACGCUGAAGUUCUUCCAUAAUAAUAAUAAUAAUAAUUUCUCUACACAUUAACAUAAUGCAGGUUUUGCCAUUUACUUUGGCUUUGCUUGGAUGUCUUUGUUUCAAAUAUUUCAGUGACCAGGUUUCCACACUUUCCACUGAUUUCAUCAGUUACUCAGUGAUGUAAGACACAAAUUUAACCUUAAUAAUGCCAUAAUGCCUAUUUAACCUUAAUGUCUUAUUGUGCUGUAUUGGCCGUAUACCACAUUAAAUUAAUGCAUUGGUAUGCCUUUGAUUCCCCUUUAUUUUAGCUACUAAAUGAGACUAUUUCUUAUUAUAACAUUUCACAAAUAAAUUCAUGCAUAAGAAAUGUUGAAAAACUUGCAGACAUGGGGCCCCAGGACCAAAUUUGUGAACUCUGGUCUACGGUACACACCUCUCACAUCAGGGACUAAUUAAGCCACAGACAUGACCUGUCUGAUGUAGGUGCUUGUCAUUGAUGGGCUGUUUACUAUGUGUUCCAGGCUGUCUGCAUUGCCCCUACUAGAUCUAUGUAAGAAAAGGGUGUCAGAAUUGAAUAUAAAUUUCACUUCAGCUAAUGUCCUUUUCAGGACAUUGCAGCAUUGCAGUAAUGUCUAUGCAGUUCCACAUUUAUAAAUAUGGCACUUUAAAGAACAACGGGUGUCCACCUCCAUUUUAAAAUCUUCCUCUCCCUUGUUUUCUCUUAGUCCGUCCAGAGGAGACCACAUCCAGGAGUCCUUAAUAGACUUUUUCACAUUACUGGAGGCAAACAUGCCUGCAAAUUUUAAUUAGCGCCUGGAAACAGGCCUGAUCUUGCAGUUAUGUUUAGGGAACUCUGGCUCAUAGUAACAGCUGAAAGGGGUGCAGAGUAUUCUAUCACACAGCACCCUGGACAGCUCCAGCUACUUGUACAUGCAUUUACAGAGGAAACAAAACUUUUCCUGACAAUCUGCCAUCUGUCUGAACCUCCAUAUAUUUCUUUACCUUUUACUGCACUUUUAAGAGUCUUCAGCAUUUUCAUUUUGCAGUGUAUGCCUCUCACUCUUCCCUGUGCACUCUCUACAGUCUCCAUUACUCUUCCCUGUGCACUCUCUACAGUCUCCAUUACUCUUCCCUGUGCACUCUCUACAGUCUCCAUUACUCUUCCCUGUGCACUCUCUACAGUCUCCAUCACUGUUCCCUGUGCACUCUUUCCUGUACACUUGCUAUCUUUAGGCCAGUUCUUGGCUCCAGGUUUUUUUUUUGAGGAGCAGCAUGUGUGCUGUAAGUAUUGAAAUAAUGUCUAAAAAUAGACAGCGCUGCAGCUUCCCUGUGUCAGUGUUGAGAAAUGUUUCACUAUAAUAAUUUUUUUCUUCAUUGUUGGUUAAUCCAGGGUAAUGGUGCUAGUCUGAGGUACGUCCUCUGCUUUUGUACGCCGACUGAGCGCAUUGAGAGCAUUGACGUUGUGUAAUAUGCUGCCUGGCUAUCUGUAAUUGAUGCUGCAGUUUAGCAGAAAAUUUAGCUUCCCCUGUUUGGACUUCCUGCCUCUGUUAGGUCUAUGACAUCACUCCACUGAGAGUCUUAGCACAGCACGUUCACUACCAGGAAGUGGGAGUGUGUGGCCAGUGGUGGAAGUGAGUUUUCACUCAGGUAUUACCAUCUUUACUGAGCGCCUUGAGAAGACGAUAACUUGCACAGUGGAUUUAGGAAAUUAAUCUGUUUACAGACCUGUCCUACAGAGCAGAAAUGGAAUAAAAGCUGUGUUUUAUUGUAAUUCUCAUGACUGAAAAAGGGAUAACCGAACAACUAUGUAAUGCAGUUGUGUGUCUAUAAAGUCCUGUGAACCAGGAUCUAUUGGGUUAAAAUUGGGGGGGGGGGGGGGAGGAGAAUUAAUAGGUAAACAUAAUGAUUAACUCACACUUCAGUUGACAAAAAUGUUUGUGUGUUCAUAUUUCUACUUACCUUAGUUCUCUCCAUGUGAUUAAUUGGCAAGAGUUAAUGUAGGCAUUCAAGAGACAGACUAUUUGAUGAAAAUGUAAUCAGAACCAAAUCAAAUACUUUAGUGAAUAAUGAUAUGGUUAUUGUCCCCUCAGCUCACAUUUUGUCUUAAGAAAGAUGCACUGUAAUCUAAGAAAUAUCUAAUUUCCUUAUUCUGGAUAAGAGCGUUCAUCUUAUAGUAUGUUAUUUUUACUUUUGUUGAAUCUGGCUUUGGGUCUUUUCUUAAUGCAUUGGUCUAACACUAUCGUCAGCUCUAUAUUCAGCCUUUGUGACAAGAUCUCAAUCUUUGAACCAUAUUAAGAAAUGUGGGCUUUUUCUGAAUCAUUUUACUUGCCUGGUACUGACUAUACAGGUUGCAUACAGCUUGCGUACUCAAUAGUAGGCCAGUGAACUGCCCUUGACACAGCCCUUGCUUCCCCAAGACAUUCAUUCUGCUCUGAUGUCUAAGUGAAACUGGCCUGUCAGCUUUCUCACAGGCAUUUUAGCAAAUGGAGAUUUGAUUCCUGACAGAAAGGCUUCCUCAAUGUGUUUUUAGUAUAAACCAUUUGUUAUAUAAGACUCUUUUUGUACUACGGUUUUACAUGGUCAUUAGUAAAAAUAAAUUUUGGCAGAAACA